GUCCCAGUCUAAUAACAUGCCAAGAUAGACAAGCGAAGAAGCUUCAGCUUCUUCGCCACUUCGAGGCAAGGGAUAACCAACGAUCCGCCUCGAUGAGCUAUUUUAAACCCACGGUUUGUACCCAGAUCUUCACAGAGGCUGGGCUUAGUUGGACAUUUGUGAUUAUUGUUUUAUAUCUCUCCCCCGCUGUACUAGUACGCCACGCUCAGCUCGUGAUCGACGAUGUUGUCAGAAGAAAGUCCUCUGCUGGCUACCACUACACAUGAAGUUAUUUAUGACAGAUUCGCACCAGAUCAAAAGAGGUGGAUCGUGUUUCUCGUUUCUUUUGUGGGAUUUUUGCCUACGUUUGUCUCAUCGACAUUCGUGCCUUCCAUCCCUCAGAUAGCUAAAGAUCUCAACUCGACGCGUGCUGUCGUCAGCUUGACCGUCAGUCUAUCGAUUUUAGCGAGUGCUGUCGGGGCGUUGGUUUGGGCUGCUUACUCGUCCUUCUAUGGACGCCGACCAAUAUAUCUGUGGGGGAUGCCGUUUCUAUGUGUUGGGAGCUGUGGUGUCGCGCUGUCGACUUCAUUGCAGAGUCUGUUAUUCUGGCGAUUCGUGCAGACGUUUGGAUGCGCUGGGGGGAUGUCCCUGGGUGCUGGUGUUAUCGGCGAUAUUUAUAAAUUAGAGGAGAGGGGAACGGCUAUCGGGGUAUUCUUUGGUGCCACACUUUUGGGGUUCGCUGUUGCACCGUUUCUUGGAGGUGCUGCGACGCAGUAUUGGUCCUGGCGCAAUUUGCAUUAUUCCAUUGGUGUAUUGGGUUUGGUCGAGAUGCUUCUUCUGUACCUUUCGUUUCCUGAGACGAGCCAUCCCGGCACAUUGGGUAUCGAUAAACUAAAGCAUCGGAGAUGGAUCCAUAUCACAUGGAUUAAUCCUCUGAGAAGUCUCUGGUUGCUUCGGAGUCCAAACCUAUUUGCGGUUAUGCUUGCGGCGAGUCUAGUGCUCAUUAGUGACUUUGUUCUCCUUGUACCGCUGGCGUAUACAAUUGGCGUCCGGUAUGGAAUCACGAACGAGGCCAUCAUCGGGGCGUGUUUCCUCCCAAAUGGACUGGGAAACUUCAUUGGAGCGCCGGUUGCUGGCCGCCUAUCAGACAUUGUGCUCAGAAGAUGGCGGGAGAAGCGCGGAGGAGUGUGGUGUCCCGAAGACCGCUUGAGAGCGACGUGGAUCGGAGGGCUGUUCAUGGUCCCGUUGUCCGUUGGGGCGUCCGGGCUGAUCACGACGUAUGUUGGGGGGCCGAUCGGCCUUGCGUUGAAUCUACUGUGCCUUCUCACAAAUGGGAUGGGGGUCGACUUCGUGGUGAAUCCCAUUGGUUCUUAUAAUGUGGACGUAGUGCAUUCUCGAAGUGCAGAGGCCAUAGCUGCUCACAUGGCGAGCAGGUCACUUAUAAUAUCCGCUGCGACUGCUCUCGUCAUUCCAACAAUCGAGCGCAUAGGUGUUGCGUGGACGGAUAUCAUUGCGGCUGUCCUUGCGGUCGUUGGACAAGGGAUCAUUCUCUUGACGAUUCGUUAUGGUGAUCGCAUGAGGGCGAGCAUGGACGUUGGUUUCUCGACCAUGGAGAAUAAUUGACCUAUUGAUCUGAAGGGAAGGAUUGAAUUAGAAUCGAUGUGUCAAGCUGGCAGGUGUAUGUACAUAACAGCCUGCGGCAAAGCACGAGCUGAAAUCCUCUAGAUUAAUUGUCGAGUGAAUCCGAGAUGCAAGGGUGCAAGAAAAUAACACGCGGUCGAUUCGGUUCUUCUACUGUAGCCUGAAUCAGGUUGAUCAUCCAUGAUCUGUGCCAGUCUGCUGUGUACUAGCUGAAUGCCGUGGGCUUCUACAAGAUCAGCG